AUGGUAACGAUACAAGCAAUUGGUGAAAUGUAUAUUGAAAUAACCGGUUUAAUGGCUACUUUCUGGGCAUGUAAUAUAGCAAUGAAAUAUUUAUAUCAACAACAUACAAAUAUCACAUUCAUUAACGAAUUAAUUACCGUUAUGCUAUGUUAUAUUGUAAUACCAUUCAUUAUGAUUAUUAAUAUUAUUCAUCCUAAAUUUGCAAAAUUAUGGCGAAGAUCAAAAACUUUACGAAAUUCUAAAAUUCUCCUCUUCACUAUUACUGAAGGUAUUUUAUCAGGUUAUAUCUUAAGUGACAGAGAAUAUUAUCAAACACCACCCAUUGUUUGGUUUGUACCAUUAGGUAUUGCAUUUGCAACAUAUACAAAAUAUUUCAAUAUUGGAGCUUGUCCUGAAAAAUUGCUAAUUGUAUCAGUUGGAUUAGCUGCUAUCAAUCAAUUACUCUUUGGACUAAUUGUUGGAAUUACAUUCUCGUAUUUAUGCAUUUCUGCUAUUUAUGUUAUUAUUGGAUUUUUUGCUAUGCAAUUUUACAUACAAAAGUAUCGUGCGGAAAAAAAAUGGCAUGAAUUAUAUCAAAUGUCAUAUAUACUAGCUAAUGUUUAUGCAGAAUUAUUCAUUAGUUAUAUAUUUGCUUAUGGCUUUUAA